UUUAUGUUUCCCGCUGACCAGCUGAGCGAGAGAAGGAGCAUUGAUCAAACAGCAUGGCACAAGGACAGAUCAAGAAGAAAGGUGGCAAAAAGCCUCAAAAGAACUCCUCCAAGAAAGCCUCUGGACCUAGGAAAGGAGCAAAGUCAAUUGCUCCAAAGAAAAAGAGGCACAUAAAAGCAGCAAUGUUGAAAAAGUCUUUACAAAAAGCUAUAAACUCAAAGAUCGAACAUGAGCUUGCAGGACACGCUGUUACUAAAGGAUCAAAACCACUUGCCAUGAUCAAGGUCGAUGAACAGGACAAAAKUGAAAGCAAGACAAAAGGAAACAAAAAAUGAACAGCACAACACRACAUGAUCAUUUUAACCUUUUYAUAAGGCUGCGUUCAUAAUGUAUGGCAGCUAGAGGGGGGCAGGUGCAAAAUUUUGGUAGCAAAAAGGGGGGAUGGGCAAAUUUUUAUC